CAGAAAGGAACUGAGGGACUGGGAGACGGAUGAGCUGCAAAGCCAGGCAGUCGGUCAUGCUGGGAGCAAAGCGAGACUGCCUGCCAGCUUCUCCACUCAGCCCUGGGCCACCCUUGGCCCUAAUGCUUCUGGCCCUGGGAGUUGGGUGGGCUCAGGAGGGGACAGAGCCCCUGCUGCUGGAGGGUGAGUGCCUGGUGGUCUGUGAGCCCGGCAGAGCCACUGCAGGGGGGCCUGGCGGAGCAGCCCUAGGAGAGGCCCCCCCAGGAAGAGUGGCAUUUGCUGCAGUCCGAAGCCAUCACCAUGAGCCAUCCGGAGAGGCAGGCAACGGCACCAGUGGAGCCAUCUACUUUGAUCAGGUCUUGGUGAAUGAGGGUGGUGGCUUUGACCGGGCCUCGGGCUCCUUCAUAGCCCCCGUCCGGGGCGUCUACAGCUUCCGCUUCCAUGUGGUGAAGGUGUACAACCGCCAGACUGUCCAGGUGAGCCUAAUGCUGAACACCUGGCCUGUCAUCUCAGCCUUCGCCAAUGACCCUGAUGUGACACGGGAGGCAGCCACCAGCUCUGUGCUGCUGCCCCUGGACCCCGGUGACCGCGUGUCCCUGCGCCUGCGUCGGGGGAACCUGCUGGGAGGUUGGAAGUACUCAAGCUUUUCUGGCUUCCUCAUCUUCCCACUCUGAGAGUCCAGACCGGAAUGCAGCCGGAAUGCGGCCCCUGGCCAUUGCCCACGGCCCUCUCCAGUCCCAGGACCAGUAUCUUCGGGGCAUGGGAGGGGCUCCUCUGGGCUGUCUGUAUUUCACCUUCUUGCAUGGGACCCUAUACCCAACACAAAAUUAAAAGCACGAGAGACUAUAGCUAUAGCAUCUCCAGACCAUCCCCCCUCUUACUCUGCCUUCUCUGUCCUCCCAGCCUCCCCACCGCACCUCUUUGUGCCUGCAGCCCCAGAAUCAGGACAGGGAUGAGUUGGGGUGGGGGGGGCGAGUUGUUGAGGACUGCUUUGCUGUCUCUGCCCCUCCUUCAUCCCUGACUCAGCUUCUUGCUCAGCGCUGUUUGGAGACAGGUGGCACAGGUGAGACUGACAGGCCCCCACAGGGGACCAGAUGGACUAGCCUCAGCAUACCCAGUAGGAUCCUUCCUGUCAGUAGUGCCAGCAUCCCACAUCUCUGCCGGCAGGGUCAGGAGCUGAGCCAGCACUAUGUGGACAGAGUGGGCGGUUCAGCCACGAGCAGCGUUAUGGGGAGGGCCGCAGAGCAGCGUAGAGGCUAUGGCUGGAUGGCAAGGGAGGGGGACGCCCCCACCUGAAGACAGUACGUGUUCUCUUGUUCAUAGGGCAGCAGGCAGGGAGGGAGCCCAAUCACCCACCAGUGCCAGGCCCUGGGUGGACUCUGGGCCUCACCUCCCCACCCAAGAUAUGAGACGUGCGUAUUUGUUCUGACGUGUUCUUAAGUUGACCUGAGUGUAGGUGUUAAGAGUUGCCUUGGACAGCUGGAAGCGGGGCGGGGGUCAUGCAUCCAUGACUCGGCAUUCUUUCUCGUGGCCACCUCUGCAGCCUGAACCUUGUCACUCUGACUGCCACCGCCCUUACGGCCUCCACUGGACCUGCUCCAGUCUACCCCCAGGCUCUUCCUUCUCCUGAUGUGUGUUGUCUUAUCCUCCUCCUUAAACAUCUUACCCUCUUGGAUUCCGUGAUCCAUCCCACCAACUACUCUCCUGCUAAUAGCUUUAACCACUCCCUCUUACCCCACAGUCCUGUUGGCCUGCACGGAUGAAUGUAUCAGUAAAGUAACCAGAGAAUGGGCAUCAGUGGGACACCAUAGGCUCUCUAAAGAGAGGGGCAUGUGGUUACAGGAGUUAUCGGGGCUAAAGGAUAUAAGCAAGUGUGCUGUCAAGAAAAGAAAUGUAAAACUGUGUAUUAGAGUUGGACAAAGAAGAAUGUAGUAAUGUUUGAGUUAAAUAGGAAAUAUUAGUGCAAAUUUGUGGUUUUAAAAAAGAAGUAGUUCUUUAAAGUGUUAUCAUUAACCUAUCUUAAAAACAUUGGGAGCAAUGUGGUACACAUUUAUAACACCUGCACUCGGGUCUAAAAUGUCAUUCCCUGAGGGUUCCUUGGAGAAUAGCCCCAUGCCUUGAGGGACUCUAGGUCCAGAGCAUGUUCUUUUCAUUGUUUUUAAUCAUUUUAUUGGGCGUUCUUACAGAGGCUGUAACAAUUUGUAAUUCAAUUAGAUCAUGCCUGAUUAUACCAUUGCUGUCA